AUGAGAGUUUUAUUUGCUUUAGUUGUUGUUUUCUUAUUAUUAAACGUUGUCUUUUCAGUAAAGAUUGACAUCCGUCCACCACACCAUAUCCACAAAAGAAUCCAACACGAUACUUGGGUAGAAGAAAAGAAUGAUCAAUUCGAUAACAUCAAAAUUGGUUCAUUAUUAGGUUUCAAAAAAUCAUUAAACAGACCAUCAAUCCCAGUUUUAAAUGCCGAUCCAAAUAUUAAAGCUCCAGCUAGCUUUGAUUCACGUACCGCUUGGAGCAAUUGUACUACCAUUGGUUAUAUCGAAAAUCAAGCUCGUUGUGGUUCAUGUUGGGCUUUCGGUGCUGUCGAAUCUGCUCAAGAUAGAAUUUGUAUCCACAAAGGUUUAGAUGUUCAAUUAAGUUUCUUAGAUUUAGUUACCUGUGACCAAAGCGAUGAUGGUUGUGAAGGUGGUGAUGAUGUCAGCGCUUGGAACUUUUUAAAAAAACAAGGUGUUGUCACUCAAGAAUGUAAACCAUAUACCAUCCCAACCUGUCCACCAGCCCAACAACCAUGUUUAAAUUUCGUUAACACUCCAAACUGUGUUAAACAAUGCGAAUCAAACUCAACUUUAAUUUAUUCACAAGAUAAACACAAAAUGGCUAAAAUCUAUUCAAUCAACAGUGUCGAAGCUAUUAUGCAAGAAAUUUCAACCAACGGUCCAGUCGAAGCUUGUUUCUCUGUUUACGAAGAUUUCUUAGGUUACAAAUCAGGUGUCUACCAACACACUACCGGUAAAUUCUUAGGUGGUCACUGUGUUAAAAUCUUUGGUUAUGGUACUCUUAAUGGUGUUAACUAUUGGUCAGUUGCUAACUCAUGGACCACUUCAUGGGGUGAUAACGGUAUUUUCUUAAUCAAGAGAGGUAGUGAUGAAUGCGGUAUCGAAGACGAAGUCGUUGCUGGUAUUCCAUUAUAA